AUGCCCCGCUUCGGCCCCCGGGCUGGGUGCGUGGCGCGCUUGGCCCCAGGGCUCCAGCAGCAGCAGCUCGAGCCGCCGCCGUGCGUGGUCAACGGCGACCCCGGGGAGAGCGCGGAAGGCAGCCUCAAGGAGGAGACGCUGUAUGAUACCAUCAAGCCCCCCGCCGCCGCCGCCGGCCCCGGCCCCCGCACCGACAAGCUGGCCUCACCGCCCGGGCGGAUGGACGAGCCCGCGCCCAAUGCCCUGGUCGUGCGCAUCGGAAUCCCAGACCUCCAGCAAACGAAGUGUCUACGGCUGAACCCGGAUGUCCCCGUCUGGGUCUCCAAGCAGCGUAUCCUCUGCACCUUGAACCACAGCCUGAAGGACGUGCUGAAUUAUGGCCUCUUCCAGCCAGCCUUCAACGGCAGGGCGGGGAAGUUCCUGGAUGAAGAGCGGCUGCUGAGGGAAUACCCGUUGAACCCGGAAACUCCGGUCCCCUACCUGGAGUUCCGGUACAAGAGGCGCGUCUACACCCAGAGCCUGUUGGAUGACAAACAGUUUGCCAAACUGCACACAAAGGCAAAUUUGAAGAAGUUCAUGGAGUAUGUGCAGACGCUGAAUGUGGAGAAGGUCAGCCGGUUGCUGGAGAAAGGCCUGGACCCCAAUUUCCAUGAUCCGGACACUGGAGAAUGCCCCCUGACGAUGGCCGUCCAGCUGGAGUACUGCAUCGAGGUGAUUAAAGCCCUGAAGAAUGGAGGCGCCCACGUGGACUUCCGGACGCGGGAGGGGAUGACGGCUCUUCACAAGGCGGUCCGCUGCCGCAAUCACACUGCCCUGAUGACGCUGCUAGACCUGGGUGCCUCUACAGAUUACAAGGACAGCCGGGGAUUAACGCCUCUGUACCACAGUGCCAUGGUUGGAGGAGACCCCUACUGCUGUGAGCUACUGUUGCACGACUACGCCAAGGUGGGCUGCAUAGAUGAAAACGGCUGGCAAGAAAUCCACCAGGCCUGCCGCUAUGGGCAUGUCCAACACCUGGAGCACCUCCUCUUCUAUGGGGCAGACAUGACGGCACAGAACGCCUCUGGGAACACAGCCCUCCAUGUCUGUGCUCUGUAUAACCAGGAGAGCUGUGCCCGGGUCCUUCUGUUCCGCGGUGCAAGCAAGGAGAUUCGGAACUACAACAGUCAGACGGCAUUCCAGGUGGCCAUUAUCGCGGGGAAUUUUGAACUGGCUGAAAUCAUCAAAACCCACAAAGAGUCCGACGUUGUGCCUUUUAGAGAAACUCCUAGCUACACGAAGAGGAGACGGGUCAUCGGUGUGGGCGGCCUCUCCUCCCCCCGCCUGCUGCAGAGGUCUGCUAGCGACAACAAUUUGAAGUCCGAGAGCCGCCCGUCCUACUCUCCAGUGCCCUCGCUCCGCAGCCUGCCCCCACAGCUGCUGGCUCAGAUGCAGGAAGCCGCUGUCGGGGUGGGGCUAGGGGACAGCAGCCUGGUCAGCACGGGCAGCUCCCGGAGCACCCACAGCCGCUCCCCAUCGCUGCAGCGCGUGCAGGAAGAGAAGGAGGCCGAUGCCCACACACUCAGGAGAAGCAGCCGUGGGAAGGCCAGCCCCAGGACUUCUUGCGGCAGCGGCAGCGGGCCCGGGGGGGCGCCGGGCGCCGGGCCGGGCGUGGAGCACACCCCGCACGCCGCGCCGGCCCCGCUGCGGGGCCCCAAGAGGAAGCUGUACAGCGCCGUGCCCGGCCGCAAGUUCAUCGCCGUCAAGAGCCACACGCCGCAGGGCGACGGCGAGAUCCAGCUCAACCGCGGCGAAGCCGUCAAGGUGCUCAGUAUUGGAGAAGGAGGUUUUUGGGAAGGAAACGUGAAAGGACGGACCGGCUGGUUCCCGGCAGAAUGCGUUGAGGAGGUGCAGAUGCGGCAGUAUGACUCGCGGCAAGAAACAAGAGAAGACCGGACCAAGAGACUUUUCCGCCACUACACGGUGGGCUCCUAUGACAACUUCACUUCCCACAGUGACUACAUCAUAGAGGAGAAGGCGGCCGUCCUGCAGAAGCGGGAGCAUGAAGGGUUCGGCUUCGUCUUGCGAGGGGCCAAAGCGGAGACUCCGAUUGAGGAGUUCACCCCGACACCAGCUUUCCCAGCACUCCAGUACUUGGAAUCCGUGGACGUGGAGGGCGUGGCCUGGCGAGCAGGACUGCGCACAGGAGACUUCCUGAUUGAGGUGAAUGGUGUGAAUGUGGUGAAGGUGGGUCACAAGCAAGUGGUGUCGCUCAUUCGCCAGGGGGGGAACCACCUGGUGAUGAAAGUGGUCUCUGUCAGUCGCAAGCCGGAGUCGGAGGACGCUAUUCGGAAGAAAGCGCCGCCGCCGCCCAAGCGAGCCCCCAGCACCACGCUGACGCUGCGCUCCAAGUCCAUGACAGCCGAGCUGGAAGAGCUGGCCUCGAUGCGGAGGAGGAAAGGGGAGAAGCUGGAUGAGAUCUUGGCAGCAGCUGAGCCCUCACUGAGAGCAGACAUCGUGGAAGCGGAUUCCAGGGCGGCCACGGUGAAGCAGCGACCGACCAGCCGGCGAAUCACGCCUGCAGAGAUCAGUUCACUGUUUGAGCGGCAGGGGAUGGCGGCGCACGCUGGGCCAGAGAAACCCCACGUUUCCCUACGCAAAGGAAUCCCACGGACAAAAUCUGUAGGUGAAGAUGAGAAAUUUGCCGCUUCCUUAAUGGAUGGGAAAUUUCCCCGGAGUACGUCAAUGCAAGACACUGUCAGAGAAGGGCAUGGCAUCCCACCCCCACCUCAGACCGCUCCUCCCCCUCCCCCUUCCCCAUAUUAUUUUGACACAGCCGCACCGCCCUCCUUCUCCCCCCCACCACCCCCGGGACGAGUCUACGACACGAUACGGUCAAGCUUUAAGCCGGGCCUGGAGGCCAAACUCCACGGCCUGCCGCAGGUGAUCAGCGCCGCGGAGAUGUACGACCAGGCGAGGACCUCCAUCCCAUACCCCGAACGGCAGAAGCGCGCCCGCUCCAUGAUCAUCCUGCAGGACUCCUCCCACAUCCCCGUGGAGCCCACGGACAUCCCCCGGCCCGGCCCCUCCGCCACCCCCCCUGAGAAGCUGAAGCGGAAAGGGCGCGCGGUGGACAACCCUUACGCCAACAUGGGCCAGUUCAACGUCAGCCUCUUCCCUCCCAGCAAGCCGCAGAGGAAGAAGAGUCCGCUGGUGAAGCAGCUGCAGGUGGAGGACGCGCAGGAGCGCGCGGCCCUCUCCAUCGCGGGGGGCUUCACGCGGGAGCCCUCCCCCACCCGGCGCGGCCACCGCCUGAGCGGGAUGGAGUACCAGCCGCAGCACGUGGACACCGCCAGCCUCCCGUUCGCCACCGCCAUCGCCGGGGUCAUGAAGGACCGAGAGCGCCGCCUCGAUGAAAAGCGGAAAUCCACCGUCUUCCUCUCCGUGGGGGCCAUUGAAGGGAGCCCCCCCACCAUAGAGAUGCCAUCGCUGCAGCAGUCGCGGUCCAUCGAUGAGCGGCUGCUGGGGAGCCGGGACGUGCUCCUGCCUUCGCCCGUCUCCGCUUUAAAGCCAUUGAUAAGCAGCUCCUCCUCCGCCGCCUCCUCCUCCACGUUCAUCCACCCCCUCACAGGGAAGCCCCUGGACCCCAACUCACCCCUGGCGCUGGCGCUGGCCGCACGGGAGCGGGCCCUUUCCACCCAGGUCCCCUCCCGAGUGCCCACCCCCAUCCAUAGCCCAGACUCGGACCGCGCGGCCCCCCUGUUCGUGGACAUCCAAACCAAAGAGCAAGAGCGAGGGGAGCUGGAGGGCCUGGUGUCGCCCGCGUAUUCCCCUGGGGCCAAGGUGCUGACGCCGGGCGCGCUGACCCCUACGCAGAGCCACUGGGGGGGGCCGGCGGCUGUGAGGAAAGAGGGCGAGGCACGGGCCGAAACGCCCGGGAGAGAGGAGAAGAAAGCGGAAGAGAAGAAGGCGAUGAUCAUCAGCAUAGUGGACACGUCGCAGCAGAAGACGGCCGGCCUCAUCAUGGUGCACGCGACCAGCAAUGGCCAAGAGCUGGGGCUGGGGCUGGAGAUGCAGGAGGAGAAGUCGCCCGUCCCCGAGGCCGGUCCGGAGCCAGCGGAGGGGUCCAUGGCAGAGGCUCAGCCCAGCCCCAUGGGGAAGGCGCCGGUCAGCCCAGCCUCUGACAAGACCCUGGGACAAGGCAGCUCGGAAGAGGAAGUGGAGCCGUACACGGUCACCCUGCCGCCUGCUCAGCUGUCUUCAAGCGAUGAGGAGACCCGGGAGGAGCUGGCCAAGAUCGGCCUGGUGCCUCCCCCAGAUGAGUUUGCGAACGGGGUCCUGGUCACCACUCCUGGCACACCUAUCAGCCAACUGGCUACUCCAGCAGUGGCCACGCCAUCUAUACCAGCGGCAGCAGUAGCACCUUCUACCACUGGUGGAACACCCUCAGGGAAGCCCUCUGAUGCCCCCACAGCCCCAGAGUCUGCUGCAGACUCAGGAGUGGAAGAGGUGGACACCAGGAGUUCCAGUGACCAUCACCUGGAGACCACAAGCACCAUCUCCACGGUCUCCAGCAUGUCCACCUUGUCCUCGGAGAGCGGGGAGCCCACUGACACGUACACUUCCUUUGCGGACGGACAAACUUUUAUACUCGAGAAGCCGCCAGUGCCUCCAAAGCCAAAACUCAAGUCCCAGCUCAGCAAGGGGCCGGUUACUUUCAGGGACCCACUUUUGAAGCAGUCUUCGGACAGCGAGCUCCUCUCCCAGCAACACGCGGCCAUUCUGGCUUCCGCCAGCGUUGGCCGGCCACGCUACCUCUUUCAGCGAAGGUCCAAGCUGUGGGGGGACCCCCUGGACAGCAGGCCGAUCCAUGGGGCUGAGGAUGACAAACCAACUGUGAUCAGCGAGCUGAGUUCCCGGCUGCAGCAGCUGAACAAGGACACACGCUCCUUGGGGGAGGAGCCCGCCGGGAGUGUGCUAGACCCUGGGAAGAAGUCUCCGGUGGUUGCAGCACGACUUUUCAGUAGUUUAGGAGAACUGAGCACCAUUUCCCAGCGCAGCUCUGGCACCACCUACACCGUGCGUCCCGGCAGCCGCUACCCUGUGACCCGCCGCACUCCCAGCCCGGUAAAGCCUGCCCUGGAUAGGACAGACCCGCUGAGCACCGUGCGCGCCUACGGGCUCACCCCGCCCACCAUCCUCAAAUCUUCCAGCCUUUCCAUCCCGCACGAGCCCAAGGAGGUGCGCUUUGUGGUGAGGAGCGUUAGUGCCCGGAGCCGCUCCCCGUCCCCGUCGCCUUCCCCGGGGCCCCCCUUGCAUUCGCUCCACCCGCCUCGGCCCUUCAUGCAGAAGCCCCUUCAGCUGUGGAACAAGUACGAUGUCGGGGACUGGCUGGAAAGCAUUAACCUGGUGGAGCACCGAGACAAAUUUGAGGACAAUGAAAUUGAGGGCACCCACCUGCCGGCCCUGACGAAGGAGGACUUUGUGGAGCUGGGGGUGACGCGGGUCGGGCACCGCAUGAACAUUGAGCGGGCACUCAAGCAGCUGGUAGACAGCUGACCUCCCCAGGCAGCACUGGCCACCUCUGCUGGGGCCAACUCGC